CUCGCGUUGGCCGAUUCACCUCCUCUCUCCCUUUCCACCUCCCCUCCUCUUCGUCUUCCAGGACCUUUUCUCACUCUCUCGAUCAGUCCACGAGGAGGGUGGCAAUGGUGGAAGCCAUCGUCGCCGCUGGGAAGACACUGGACCAGCACCGGAGGAUGGUCGUCAAGGAGGAGGAGGGAGAGGAGGCCGCGGCCGUGGCGAUUCCGAGAGUCCUUCGCGUCACGUUCGAGGAUCGGGACGCCACCGACUCCUCCAGCGACGACUCGCCGCGGCAGGGACGCCGCUAUGUCGAGAAAAUCUGCAUCGAGCAGCCGGUGAGGAUGACGGCGUCGCCGCAGCCGCAGGCUUCUCCUUUCCGGAGAGGCGCUGUCCUCGGCGCCAAGAGGAGGGCCGACUUGGUGGAGGAGCCCAAGUUUCGUGGGGUUCGGCGGCGGCCGUGGGGGAAGUACGCGGCGGAGAUUCGCGACCCCAACAAGGGGGUGAGGGUGUGGCUGGGCACCUUCGACACCGCGGAGGAGGCUGCCAUGGUCUAUGAUAGCGCCGCCCUCCGGCUUCGUGGGCCAUCUGCAACCACGAACUUUCCUACUUCGUCGUCCCCUUCCGCCCAUCCUGAUCCUGCUGCCGAAGCUGAUGGUGAUGUCGGUCACCUCCUUGCGGCGGCCAUAUACGAAGAGUCAAGCGACGAGUCGCAGUUUGUUGGCUCACCGGUCUCUGUCCUCAGGCCGCUUGAGGUGAUGGCGCCUAACGAGUCUAUCGUUCCCGCCGAUUUGAAGAUUUCGGUGGACACGUGCCGUAGAGGCGGCGACUACUCUCCGUUUUGCAACGCCGAUCUUAUUGUGCCGCCGGAGGACGAAGACUGCAUGUUUCCUGGACUCUCAUUUGCUGCAUCGACGAUUUUCGACGAUGGUAUGAUGUCAUCACACCUUGAGUACUAUGCAACUAAUGUGGAGCCGGUGAGUUUAUUGGAGAUGGGCGAGCUUCCGGUGUGGCGAGAGGUGGAUGUCUUCUUUGACGAUGUUUUGUCUGCCUCACCUCUCGAUGAACUAUGAAUAUCAGGAGUUAAAUCACCUCUAUGUGUAGAUAAUAUCCAAUUCUUUAUUUCACGUUACAACUAUUUGUAAUGGCAUUAUUUAGUAUAUGUAUAAGUUAUUUUGGUGUUGCGGUAGAUGUCAUUUCGUGAAGUCCGAUUGGGCAAAUCUGUCGACAUUUCGAUGUGAGCUUGCGGCAGAUCAAUUUGGUGAAAGUCAAAAGAAUUCUAUACUUCCAUGAUUUUGGUAAUUAAUGAACUUUUCAUCUUUGCAUUGUCU